GAUGGGAGAAGGGGAAGAAGAUGCUGACUGUGGACGAGAUCAAGGUCCUGAAGCGUUCUUUCGAAGACAGCAAGGCCAAGGUUGAGAAAGCCAGGGCCAUUGUAGAGGAGCAGCAACUGCGUAGGGCAGAAGCGGCUGUGGCGCCUGUGACAGAUGAGAAAGAGAG